AUGCUUUCGAGUCGAACUCUUCUCCGCGCCCAAAAGGCAGCUGGCGCCCCAAGGGUCUUGACCCAGGCUGUCCGAAAUUAUGCGGCUCCUGCUGCGGUGGAUAGCAAGCCCCCAGUCGCUUUGUAUGGUGUCGAUGGUACUUAUGCUAGUGCUUUGUACACCGCAGCUAGCAAGACCUCUACUCUCGACAGCGUCGCCCGCUCCCUCCAAUCCCUCCACAACGUCUUUCAAAGAGACGCCAAGCUCGAAACUAUCAUGCGAGCACCCACUCUCUCCGAAGCCGACAAAUCUCAAAUCAUCCAGGAGCUCCAAAAACACACUGGUGGUCAAGAUAAGGGUGAUACUGUUAAGCACUUUUUGGAGACUUUGGCCGAGAACAAUAGAUUGUCGCUUUUGAAGGGUGUUUGCGAGAAAUUUGGAGAGUUGAUGGGGGCUGCUAGAGGUGAAAUUGAAUUGAUUGUUACCAGUGCUUCGCAAUUAGACUCCAAAACCCUCAACCGUCUCGAAUCCGCCGUCGCUAAGUCCCAAUACGUCGGUCAAGGCAAGAAGCUCAAGGUUACCAACAAGGUCAACCCUGACGUCCUCGGUGGUCUCAUUGUCGAAAUCGGCGACCGAACCAUCGAUCUCAGCGUCUCCAACCGUCUCGCCAAGAUGAACAAGUUACUCACUGAUGCUUUGUAA